GCGGUGACUGAGCCCCCACCCCCUCCUCGCCCCGCUCUCUCUCCCUCUCUCUCUCUCUCUCUCUCCCUCUCGCUCUCUCUCCCCCCGGCUCCUCCUGCUCUCGCCCCGGCACCGAUAUUGUUGACAAAAGACGCUGAGACGCGGAGAGACGGAGCCCGGUACCGGUGUGGCCGAGGUGAUUCGGUGGUGGUCGGACCGCAGCAGGCCGGUGUGGAGUGGACCCCCUCCUCCCCCCUCCUUCCCGAACACCACCCGCGGCUCGUAUUUACCGACAAAGGCAGGGGCCACGAUGGGUCACCCGCUGUGAGUGGAGGCUCCAGGCCAGGCGUAGCUGGAGGAGGAGGAGGCGGCGGCGGCGGCGGAGGAGGAGGCGGCCUUGGGCAGGUCUACUCAGCCGGGAAUGGUGUGAGCUGAGACGACCAGGCAGUCUGGAUCUGACCGGGGACCCGUCAUUCCCCCGGAGCCUCCGCGGCUCCAAGCCGCGUCCCGAGCCCUCCAAGAUGGGGAAGUGCGACGGAAGAUGCACGCUGCUGGUGAUAUGUUCACUGCAGUUGGUGGCAGCCCUCCAGAGGCAGGUGUUUGAUUUUCUGGGCUACCAGUGGGCUCCCAUUCUGGCCAACUUCCUGCACAUCAUGGCCGUCAUCCUGGGCAUGUUCGGCACUGUGCAGUUUCGCUUCAGAUACCUCAUCUUUUAUGCAGUAUGGCUGGUCCUUUGGGUGGGCUGGAACUCCUUCAUUAUUUGUUUCUACCUGGAGGUCGGGAACCUGUCUCAGGACAGAGACUUUCUCAUGACGUUCAACACAUCCCUCCAUCGUUCGUGGUGGAUGGAGCACGGCCCCGGUUGCCUGGUAACGCCGGUGCUAGACGCCCGCAUGGCCCCCGACGACCACCACGUCAUCACCGUGUCCGGGUGUCUCCUCGACUACCAGUACAUCGAGGUGUUGAGUUCGGCCAUUCAGGUUCUUUUGGCUCUCUUUGGCUUCGUGUACGCCUGUUACGUAAGCAAAGUCUUCCAGGAUGACGAGGACAGCUUUGAUUUCAUCGGUGGGUUUGACUCGUACGGCUACCAGCCUCCUCAGAAGUCCUCUCAUCUGCAACUGCAGCCUCUUUACACGGCUGGUUAACCGUCGGUAGCGCCCCCUUCAGGCCGAUGGUGUCACUGUGGAUGGGAAGCGGCGGUCGCCCUGAUUACACUCACUCUCUGUGUCACAGUUUACCUGAGGAACAGACUGGACCCCACCCCGCCCCGCCCCCACCCCCACCCCCGCCCCGAGGGAGAGAUGUAUGUGUGCAUGUGUGAUUGUGUCUGAGACCCAUACAGCCCUGAUUAGAAUGUACAGAGCUCAGGGAAGAACCAGCAUGCCAGGUGGUGUGAUAAUGAUGAUGAUGAUGGAGGAGACGCGGGAGGAGCAGGAGGGGAGAGGACAAGAGCUGGGGACAUGUCUGUCAAGUAACCAACACUUCACUAAACUGCCAGCUCUCAACACUCCCACCAGUGUGUGCGUGCGUGUGUGUAAUGUGUGUGUAUGACUGUGUAACUCCACAGGAAUAGCUGGUGCUUCGUGGUUGCACCCUGGACUCUUACCACUUAGUGCCCCUGUGGUUUAUUAUUUUCAUGUUUUUUUUUUCUCCGUCAGGGUGCUUGUGUGUUUGGGGUCACAUAAUAAAAAGAGGCACGGCUCGUACCUGUUGUCGUUUUAGAACGUGGUGAUGUCAAACUAGAGCAGUCUUAACGAUUCCCGCUCCCAAAGCCAUCUCUCCUACCUCCCCCACUUCCAUUAAAAGCCACUGUUGACAUUCAGGGCUUUUUACAUUACAGCUCAGGCCUGCUGAGUUAAUAAAACAGAGCCGGUGGAGUGGAAAGGUUGAACUCCUUAAAGGAUGAGGCUGGCUAUAUUUUUUAUAUAUUUAUAUCUUUAAAAAAAAAAAAAAAAGCAGCUUGUCUGUUGCCCUCAAUGCUAAACCUGCUCAUUGUACGUUAUUUUAAAAAAGGCACUGUAGUUUUUAGCAAAGUUUUUAGCAAAGUUCAAACUUCAGUAGUUUUGUUGGGACUAUUUUCUGCUGCGGAUGUGGAUUCAUUGGAUUGAUUAAAACUAUAGCGCUCCACUUUAUUAAUGUGUUUGUAAUGAUUGAACAGAACUGAAGGACUCAGUAGUGUUUUUUUGCUCUUCUUUUAGAAGAAAUACCGAUAUCGUCAGCCUUAUCCUUUAGGGUUUUCGUCAGGCGUGCGGCGUCAGACUAUUUCAUUUUCAGGAAAACCAAUUUGGGCCUGUCAUUUCACAUGUAAAGCUGAUGGUUAUUAGGAUGCAGGUGGCUUUGGGAUCAGGCAUUAGUGUGUCUAUAGGGGGGAGCAGUGGGGAUACUGUGCAUGUAAAUAACCAGCCAAUGAUUGUUUUGUUGGUUCCAUUUAGAAUAAAGGAGGGUUGCAUUAGGGGGCGGGUGGGGCCAGGGGAGAGGGUUACACAACUAAUUUCUUAUCUUUGUACCUGUUUCUCUGGUUCUCUCUUUCUGCAUACCUUCUUUUAACCCAUCUAAUAUUCCCCAUUAUUAUCCCACUAAUCACAUAGCGUAGACCCCUGCCGGUCCCCGUCAGAGCAUGGCCAUUAAGGAGAUUCGGGAGGAAAAUGUAUCACACACAAUGACGUGCUCUGAGUAGUUAUUGUAGAUGUAACUUGAGACAGGAAGAGGGAAGGAGGGAGACAGGUAUGAGGUGAUGACAUUAUUGGGUGUAAGGUGGAGUUUGAAAUAAUAAAAAUACACUUUCUACAUUAA